AUGAGUAGAACAAACCGUUAUGUUCAAUAUUAUCUCAAUCAGCAAAAAGGAUACGGAUCACAACCUGUCUUUAGAGGAGCAUCCUGGCAAAAAGGUUAUGGGCAGAUGGGUUAUGGUCUUGGUGGUUUAUUUCGUAGAUUGGCUAGAGCUGCAAUACCUUUGGCAAAAACCGGCGCAAAAGCUCUAGGUAAAAUUGCCCUCGAUACAGGUGCAAACGUUUUGGGUGAUGUUAUCUCAGGGAAAAGUUUUAAAAAGUCUGCAAAAUCUCGUGUUAAUCAAGCAGCAAAGAAACAGGGAAAAAGCUCGCCAGGUACAGAAGAUUAUGUUGACUUGUCUAACACAAUGUUGAUGGUCAGAGCAAAAGUAACGAAAGCUGACGGUGGAAAUCUCGACGAUGGCGCUAAAGUAGGACCGGUGAACAAUUUCUUGCAUACUAAACAAUCCCAGCUGACAGCUGCGUUGUUUUACAAGGACGAAGCUUCAAAAAUGGAGGUUGCCGACCCAGCAAACGCCAGUCCAAACAAAGGCUUGAAAACACGAAGUAAGUUUAGUGCGAGAAGUGCAAUUGUCGAAAUGGGAGGCCCUAUAUUUUGUGAUGUUUUCUUCGGGGAACGCCUCCUGCUUAGCUAUGUUGAUUUGAAAGUGGUAUUGAACCGUACCAGUGACGAGUUUGCCCUAAUGGCAUCCGAGGACGAUGCAGCAUUUAAAGUGAAACUGGUGGAUGUUUAUCUAAAAGUUCGCAAAGUUAAAGUGAAUCCUAGUAGAGCUAUGUCUCACGAAGUUGCACUGAAAAAAAGCCCAGCCGUUUACCCUGUAAGGCGUGUGGACUGCAAAAGUUUCAUCAUUCCGUCAGGAAACCCGUCGUUGCAAAAAGAUAACCUUUUCAACGGUUUGGUACCGAAAUCACUUGUCGUCGGUCUUGUUGCAAGUGCUGCAUUCAAUGGUGCUUAUAAAUUAAACCCAUUCAAUUUCCAGCAUUUCAACGUUUCAUCCUUAGGCAUUUCUGUAAACGGCGAAUCUCUACCAUCUAAACCUUUCAAGCUGUCGUUUGGUAACAAUCCUAGAUACAUAGAAGCAUUUCUAUCACAAUUUGCUGGCACUGGAAAAAUGUUUUUGAACGCCGGAAAUGGAAUUGAUCGUGACGAGUUUCUAAAGGGUUUUGCUUUGUACUGUUUUGAUUUGACGCCUGAUAUGUGUGGUACGGGAGAACAUUUUAAUACAGUGCAAAAAGGAAAUCUUGCCAUUGACAUACAAUUCUCAACAGCACCAACUAAUGCUGUUAGUCUUGUGUGCUAUGGAGAGUUUGAAAACGUGAUCUUUAUCGAUUCUGAAAGGAAUGUUGUCUAUGACUACAUCGGUUGA